UCAAAAAUUCAUAGCUCUCUAAAUAUAUUAUAACUCCACAAAAAAUGUUGACAUUUGUAUUGUUUUUUGUAGCAUUAUUUGGGCUAUAUUAUACCAUUUGGAUUAAUAAGUGGAGGAACCUAAAUUGUGAAGGUGUUCUGCCUCCAGGUUCAAUGGGAUUUCCAUUUAUCGGAGAGACCCUUCAGCUACUCAUUCCUAGUUAUUCUCUAGAUACUCAUCCUUUCAUUAAGAAAAGAGUUCAAAGGUACGGACCUAUAUUUCGAAGUAAUAUAGCAUGUCGGCCGAUUGUGAUUUCGACAGAUCCAGAAUUCAAUAAGCACAUUAUAAAUCAAGAAGGAAGACUGGUGGAAAUGUGGUAUUUUGAAACAUUUUCUAAGAUUUUGGUACUAGACGGUGAAUCAAGAACUAAUAUUUCAGGUUAUAUUCACAAAUAUAUACGAGGAGCCUUUUUAGGUCAAUUGGGCGCUGAAAGACUCAAAAUGAAAAUGCUUCCACUGAUAGAGAAUAUGGUGACGGAAACUCUACAUUCUUGGUCUAAUCAAGACGUUGUUCACGUCAAAAAUGCUAUUUCCAUCACUAUUUGCGACGCCACGGCUAAGGUCCUAUGUGGUUAUGAAGCCAUUGUAUCAGCUAAUAAUUUAAGUGAGAGUUUCAGUCUAUUUGCAGCAAGUCUUAUGGCAUUUCCAUUGAAUAUUCCCGGUUCUACGUACCGUAAAUGUAUCAAGCAUAAAGAAAACGUGAUGAACGUACUGAGAGGAUGGAUGAUAAAGAGACGACAAACAUCGUCGGUCGAAAAACCGGCUGAAGAUGAAGAUUUUUUUGACGUCGCAUUGAAGGAAAUGGAGAAAGAUAAAUUCUUCACAGAAGAGUUCAUUCUUAACCUCCUUUUUUCCUUUCUAUUUGCUAGCUUUACCACAAUAUCAGCAACAAUAAGUUUAAUGCUAAAGUUCGUGUCAUCUCACCCGGAGGUCUUACAACAGUUGAUGGCUGAACAUGAUAACAUUCUCAAAAAUAGACGUCCAGAUUGUUCCAUCACAUGGGAGGAAUAUAAAUCAAUGACAUAUACUCAGCAGGUUAUUAACGAAUCACUUCGGAUGACGAACAUUGCACCUGGAUUAUUGAGAAAAGCUGUAAAAGAUAUUCAAUAUAAAGGAUAUACUAUUCCUGCUGGUUGGAGUGUAAUGGUUGUUGAUACUGACCGUCAUAUGGAUUCUAAGGUGUACAAGGAUCCUCUUGUGUUUAAUCCUUCUCGUUGGAAGGAACUUGAUUCGUACACUAUAUCUAAGAAUUUCUCACCUUUUGGAGGAGGAACGAGACAAUGUGUUGGAGCUGACUACUCUAGAGUUGUUAUGUCUAUAUUUUUCCAUGUUUUAGUCACCAAAUAUAGGUGGACAAAAGUUAAGGAAGGAAAGCUUGUCCGAAAUCCAAUAUUAGGAUUUGGAGAGGGUCUUCAUGUCAAACUAUUUGAAAAGAAUUAACUCAAUAUGAUGUGUUCUACUAUAAAUAAUAAGUAAAUUAUCUAUCUAUACAUAAUUUUAUCAUAAUUGUCAUAUAUAUUAUUAUCUUUUAAUUGAUAUCUUUCAAUUUUAGCAUAUAUAUUAUAAAUUUUUUUAA